CAUGUAUUUCUGCAGCUGCAUCAAUAAAGCUUCGCCAUAGGAAUCGCAUGAUGAUCAGCGGCGUUGCUGGUCCAGUUUCAGCAUCCCUGCAAUGUUCCGCAGCCCAGUUUGAUUUGACCCUUUCCGGGUUGCUGCAUCACCUCCGACUCAAUCUAGCACUCUCUCUCCACAACGUCAACCACAACGCCCAAUAUUCACAAUCUGUAUCCUUUGGCAUCGCGAGUAGUUGCUUUGCAAUUGGCAACUUGUACUCAGCCCCACUGCGCUGGUCGCGCGACAUAUGCGCCCCCUUCAAGCCACCCGCUCGUUUCCAUUGAUCGCGCCAAGACAUUCGACUUCGAAGCUCAUUUCCCAACUUCACUGUCGACACAGCUCCAUUGGACUGUCACUACUUAGCCAGAAUUUCACGCAAAGCUUCACAUCGCCUCCUCUUGUUUACCUACUGCUUCUGUGCGCCGUCCAGUCGUC